GCGUCAGGGGGCAGGGCUUCCUGUGGGAAAGGGCCGGGAGGACGCCGGUGGCCUCCUGGCUGCCUCUGCCGGCUUCCUGCCCGCCGAGGGCUCUGCCGAGGUCACCCGCGCCUGGCCGGUGUGGGCGCGCGCGUGGGAGGCUCCGUGGCGCGGGAGGAUCGGCGGGGUGGGUUCGGGGAGCUCGCACGGCCGUGGCAGGGACGGUCCCCCCCACGAAGCCGCGUCCUGCCACUUUCACCAGAGGCUCAGCAAGGCUCACGGACCCUCAGGUCCUCAGCUCUCGAGCCGACGUCCUGGUUCCCCGCCGCCGCCUUGCGCUGUCAUUGAACUAGGGAGACUUUCCCGCCUACUCGAGGCUCCCCGGAGAGCCGGUCCCGGGUGCACCAGCUUCGUCCAGACCCACUUCCCAGCUGCAGCCGGGUCACAGGAAAACCGAUCGUCGUAGUGGUCCGGGACUUUCCCAGGCUUUCGGAAGAAGAGACAAGGCUCCAGAUCUAGCGAGCUGUGGCCAGCCACCAGGAAGGCUCUCAGGCCAGGGGACGUCAUGUCCUCCUUUGAAGAUGCUGACACAGAAGAGACAGUGACGUGUCUCCAGAUGACUGUUUACCAUCCCGGUCAGCUGCAGAGUGGAAUAUUUAAGUCAAUAAGGUUUUGCAACAAAGACAAAUUUCCUUCUAUUGAAGUGGUGAAGUUUGGACGGAAUUCCAACGUCUGUCGGUAUACUUUUCAGGACAAACAGGUUUCCCGAGUUCAGUUUGCUUUACAGCCAUUUAAACAGUUCAACAGCUCGGUUCUCUCAUUUGAGAUUAAAAACAUGAGUAAGAAGACCAGUUUGCUGGUGGACAAUCAGGAGCUCGGCUACCUCAAUAAAAUGGACCUGCCUUACAAGUGCAUGCUCAGGUUUGGAGAGUAUCAGUUCCUGUUGGAGAAGGAAGAUGGAGAGUCGGUGGAAUCUUUUGAGACUCAGUUUAUCUUGUCUCCAAGACCACUCUUGCAAGAAAACAACUGGCCAACACAGAGUCCUGUACCUGAGGAUUCGGGGUAUUCAUCCUACUUCACCCAUAGGACUUCUCCUACAGAAAUGGAUGAAAAUGAAUUGUGAAGAGAGCCCAUGCAGAGAAACAUGAAGGAUGAAAUGUGAAGGAUGGAUGAGGACACAUGGGGAGACCCUUGCGAGGCAUCCUACUGCUUAAGAGUUUAUGAGUGUAGUGUAGUACAGAUAUCUGCAUGCUGACUUUGGAUUUAGUAAUAGCAUUCGGAAGUCCAUAUAUAGAUUGUGUUUGUCAUCCACUUAGUCAGCUGUCUGCAUUCCGGAUCUACAAAGAAUUAAGUGUACGUCCGUAAGGGUUAGUGUAUAAAACACACCUCCUGUGUAAUGCUAUUCUCGGUCCUUUUUCUGCUUGAUGACACUCCCAUGCUUUGUUUUGGUAUCAGCCAAGCUUGGUCACAUCAUUUCGUAGCAGCCUUUGGUUUUCAAGUUCAGAGCUCAGGCGGAUUGUUCACUGGUGUCUGUGGCAUGUUAAUACUUGUAGAGCUGGAGUCCUGGAAUGAGUUCUUGAGUCUCAUCUGAGUCACUGUGGUUUCAUUAUGGAAAGACUUGAGAAAUAACACCUUGAUUUUCUUUCUAUGGAAUUAUAAUAUUUAUUUCUAAGACGGCAGUUUUGCUUUUCUGUAUGUAGGACCUACAAUUAACAUUUAAAGAACAUGGAGAUUAAAAUUAUUUUUUUACAAAAUUGAAAAUUGCCGGGUGGUGGUGACACAUGCCUUUAAUCUGCCUCAGGAGGCAGAGGCAGGUGGAUGGAUCUCUGUGAGUUCAAGGCCAGCCUGGUCUACUGAGUGAGUUCCAGGACAGCCAGGGAUUUACAGAGAAGUACUGUCUCAAACAAAAUAACACAAAAUCACCACCACCACCACCACCAACAACAAAAAAACCCCAGAAACUGAAACUGAAUUUUAUGUAUCUUACACAAUUUAAAAAUCGCAGAAAUCAAAACUUUUAGCAGCCUCUUUGCGUUUGAUGACGUCAGAGCUCAGGCCACUAGCCUCUUCUCUGAGACUUCCUAAAGAAGGAAAACGCUCAUGCUCAGACUGCUCUAUAGAAGUAACUAUAUGUGAAUAUUUAUAAUAAAUGCUUUCAUAUUUCUAAACUUUCAGUUUCACAACUUUUAGAAGUUGUAUUUAUUUAAGAGAUCCUCAUUCAAUUCCUUUUGGCUAGAUGAAGAUGAAUGUUUGUGAAUGUUAUGUAAAAGAGAAUGACAGACAUCAAGUUAAGAUAAAUUCUGGCACUACCAGGAAGCAAGGCUCCCUGUGUAAUUACCUUGGUAAAUGAAAUUCUGUGCUAUAACAGAUGAGGUGGGGGGAACUAACCAUAUAUAUACACACAUAUAUACAUAUAUAUGUAUACACACACACACACACACACACACACAUAUAUUUGUUUUUGAGACAACAUCUUGCUUUGAAGCUCAGGCUGGCCUUGAACUCAUGAUCCUCCUGCAUCAGCCACCUGAAUGCUGUGCUUACAGGUGUGCAACCCCCCACCACCCGUGCUUAGCUUAAUGUAACUGUAUUUCUGCAGCAACCCUUCAAAACUAUUUCUAAUAAACUUUUCAGGCUGGUGCCAUGGGAAUGUCA